ACAAACAUGGUGUUCGAAAAUAAACACGUGCAGAACAAAUGGUAGCUACAUACUGGCAUGGCUUCUUUCUAUCGCCUCACUGACAUCCACACACGCAAGAGAAAGAUGCUAUAUGGCCGUGUUUAUAGCGUCGUGUUCGUUACUGUAUCUACACUGCCAUGAUGUUACAUAGAAACCUGAUUAUUCUGUACUUGAGCAUCGUCUGGUUAGUCCUUGCUGCGUCAGAAAAUGCUGAAAGAAUGCAGGCGGAGUGGGUAGAGAUAGCGAAUGACCUGACGCCCACGGAGUGCGGAUGGUUCCUGACAGCGCUUCGGGUCGUCAGUUACGAGCUGCCCAAGGAUAUGUUUGAAUCGUCCGCCGACAUGACUCGUAUCGAGUCGCCGGGAGACUGUUUAUCCCUGCUACGAGCGUGGCGACGUGAGGACGGCCAGCGGAUGGACUGGCCUCACAUACUCCUGAGACUACGGCAGAUCAACCGGCCAGAUGUGGCGGACAAAAUAUCCGAUGAGGUAGCAGAAGUCCAAAAACACGAUGUCAACAAGUUGUUCCUUAGCAACCCUUUCCACGACAUGAUUAAACACCACAGGUCGACAUUCCUUGUGGAACACGCGGACGACAGGACUGCACCUAACGGGCAGCGGGACGCCAUGGGAGCCAGGAGUAAAAGACAUCUACAUUGGAGAGCCAAACCCUUGCAUAUCGGACAACAUGCAGUACAAAUUUCACCGCAGGAGGAAAACGAGAAAAGUCAGAGAAAGGAGGAUGGCGAGUCAGCCUGGCUGGUGGCCAUGGUGGUGGUGCCGUGUGCAGUGGUCGCCAUGACAACCGUGCUCCUGGGCAUCCUCUGGGCCUACAUGUACUAUAAACAUGGGAAACAUUUUCGUCUGAGAUGGCUAUUCAGGCUGACGAAAAACGACAUGAAGUUGUAUCGUCAGGAAAGACGUUUGAGAAGAAAAGUCUCAGGAAAGACGAGUCGUAACGAACUCUUCAGGACGAAACAAGACCCGAUCUCUGAGCCACUGGGUCUGGGGGCGUGGCGGGAAAAUCAGGUCUACCCAGGAUGCAUCACGGUGCAGGCGGAAUUAGACAAGACUUCAGACGGUUCUGUAGACGUUGGUAUCAUCCAGCCAGUUACCAUGGCAACCGACACACUGACCUUAUUUAGAGAAAACGACAAUGUGACCAGACCGAAAAGAAAAAGGGGCAAGGUCCCUAUCAUACGUGACGAAACCAGACCGACAGAGAGGCCCGUCAUUCCCGCCCUACACCUGCCACCUGAGGACGCUGGGAACGAGACUGGGCCGUGGACCUGUCCCACACAUGACGUCAUGGACGAGUGUCCGAUCUGUCAUUACCUGGUGACCUCUGUCAAUGUCACGGACAGCCUAAGUUCGCUCAGCCCGUCCCCCAGUGAGUCAAGCCUUACCAGUUUGACCAACACACACCCGGUAGCUGUGUAGGGGUCACAAAAGUUAAAAGAACCAUUCUCCAAGCAGAUGUUUCGCUUCAAGGACGGCAUCCGUACGAAACCCCGGCCACUACCUUCCUCCACUCCAGACCUAAACCUCUGCUUGGACAUAGAAAGAACAAGAAUGCGAAUAUGGACAUAUGUGACAUGACUAAUGGCGGGAGAAGAGAGGGAGAACGUGAUAAAGACAUGUGUUCAAUAAGCAACGAUAUCAGUAAGCACCUUAGUUAGCCUUAGAAUGCCUACAUUUCAUUUCACGCCGAUGAUGUUCUCUUAGUGCCCCGAUGUAAUGAUCUUGCUAGUCAACAGCUACCGAUUGCCGAUCGAUACAAUAAAAACCUGAUUAAUAAGCAA